CCCAAAUCCUAUUUAAACCAGCGCCACAAAAGUCCACAGCUCGGUUUCAGAAUUCAGAUUCCCCCUUCUGCGCCGAUUUCGUGUUCAGUUUCCCCGAACCACCACGACGCCCACGACCCACGGAGAUAUUUCCCUCAUCCCACCUGCUUUUCCGCCGACCAGCAAGGGGGGUAAAAGUCGCACUUUUCGCGGACCCUCUCCCCGAAGAAGAAGAGAAGAAAAGAAAACCCGCCUGCUAACCUAACCCGGUUUGAGGAAUGCGAUUUGAAUCGUCCCGAUCGGAGCGUUCUUCUGCCUCCCCCAAUUCGAGAUUCGCGGCACCUUUCGGUUGAGGGUUUCGCGAAGCUUGAUCAAGAAGAGAGAAUUGUGGGUUUUGCGAGGUUUCUAUUUUUGGGCUUGUUGUACUUUGUUUACCUCCUCUGCUGCUACACGUUCUGAUUGAAGGGGAGAAGAUAAUGAUGAUGGCGGACGGGAACUCGGGGAUGGAGCAGACAGGAGAUGCUGUUACUGGGUUUGAAUUGGGUGAUGAGGAUGUUUCCCUCGAUCUUGAUAUGAUAUUUGACAUUCUCGGAGAGCCUGAUCCUCCUCCUCCCCCUCCUCCACCUCAAUAUCACCAGGAGGAUCCGCAGAAUUUUCUGAAUAAUGGACAACAAGUUGAGUCUAUUCCUGGUUCCGACAACCAAUUGAACUUCCAGCUUCAAACUUCAGCAGACAUUUCUUCCUCCACUUAUGAAACUGACGCUCAGUCCAGACAUGUUGAAGGGGACACUGAAUCCGGCGAACAUUUUGACUGUUGGCUUGAUAGCUCAAAUAAUAGUUUCUUGAAUGAUGGAGUUAUGAUGGAGAACAGUUGGGAAGUUUCAGGAUCUGAGAAUGGAACUGAACAAUUUAUGAAUAUGACCAUCGGAGAUGUAGCUGGACCUUCGCAAGACGCGAUUCCUUCUACAUCUUCAUUCUCUCUUAAUUCUGAUCUUAGUAGCGAUUUCGAUGGGUUUUAUCCUAGUAGUGGUUAUUUUCCACAGCAUGGUCUAUCUGGCGAAUUCAAUUAUGACAAGUUGCCUGGUAGUGAAGCACUAAUGAUUGGUGGGAUGAGUGAGACGAGUAUACCACCAACUGAGAACUUUGAGUCGUCUGGUGUGCCUUGUAAUGAAGUAAUGAUGAUUAAUGGGACGAGUGAGAUGCGUAUGCAUCCAACUGAGAGCUUUGGGUCGUCUGGUGUGAUUGGUUUGGAUCCUGAAGGCCAUGAUUUUAAACAAGAAUCACAUACCAACUUCAAAGUUGGGUCUUAUGUUUAUGAUGGAGGCCAGAAUGAGGCAUUGAUAAGGCCUUGUAGUUCUAAUUCAUUGGGCCACAGGGGGAAGCCACCAGUUUUUGUACACCCAAAGCAUUCUCCAUCUAGUGCCGCACCUCCAAGGUUAAGCCAUAAUCACUUGAUUAUGGCAGAAAAAGACAGAGGCUAUUUGAAGGUUGAACCAAGGAGUUCUGAGGUCCAUGCUAUGUCAUAUUCCAGUAAGAAUAGAAACAUGAAUAUAAAAUCCCUGGACCAGCACUUUGCUAGGGUGCAGCCAUAUGGUACAAACAGUUACCAACAACAUGGGUUUAAGGACGAAGUGAAUUCUCAAAGGAGCUUUGCUAGCACUUUCUCAAGAGUCAGUCCUGAAUCAACUCACAGCAAUUCAUCCGGUAGUCAAUCUAUUGUGGAUGAUGACUCCGACCUUUGUAUUCUUGAAGACAUCAGUCAACCUCCUCGCUCCAGCCACUCUCAACCAUACAAAAAGCCUGCUGAUUCAUUUCAACCUGUUAGUCACAGUGAUUCCUUUCAUUACAACGCAGCUGGAGGAGUGCGACCUAGGGUUUGUGAUGAACGUGUCUUAUUUCGAGUUGCCUUGCAGGACCUUAAUCAACCAAAGACUGAAGCAAUUCCACCUGAUGGCUUUAUGGCAGUACCUCUUAUGAGGCAUCAGCGAAUUGCUUUGUCGUGGAUGGUUCAUAAGGAAACAUCUGGGAUUAAUUGUUCUGGAGGAAUUCUUGCUGAUGAUCAGGGUUUGGGAAAGACGAUAUCAACCAUUUCUCUCAUACUUAAAGAAAGGGCUCCAUGUCAUGGAGCUGAUAAAGCUGUAAUUAAAAAAGAGAAGUUUGAGACCCUAAAUUUGGACGAUGAUGAAGAUGAAAUUGUUGAAGUUAAAGGAAUAAAAAAUGAAAUCAGUGAUUGUGGAGCAGGAUUAAAGAAGGAAAGCAGUGAUUGUGGAGCAGGAAUAGAAAAUCAAAGCAGUGAUUGUGGAGCAGGAAUAAAAAAGGAAAGCAGUGAUCGUGGAGUUAUUUCCUGUCAAAAUGCAUCAAAAAGUAUUAGUCUUCUGGGUCAGUCCAAAGGAAGGCCAGCUGCUGGGACUCUUAUUGUUUGUCCCACUAGUGUCCUACGACAAUGGGCUGAGGAGUUGCAUAAGAAAGUAACUGCUAAAGCUAAUCUAUCUGUUCUGGUAUACCAUGGAAGCAAUCGAACAAAAGAUCCUUAUGAACUAGCAAAGUUUGAUGUAGUCCUCACAACGUACUCUAUAGUGAGCAUGGAAGUCCCAAAGCAACCUUUUGCCGAUGGGGAUGAUGAAGAGAAAGCAAGAGCAGAUGGUGAUGAUGGUCCUCAUCUUGGUUCAUCCGGUAAGAAAAGGAAGUAUCCACCAACUUCUGGCAAGAAAGGCGGUAAGAAGAAGGAAUCUGAUAGUGCAUUAUUUGAAACUCUUGCUCGGCCACUGGCAAAGGUGGCAUGGUUUAGAGUGGUUCUGGAUGAAGCUCAAAGCAUCAAGAAUCACAGAACUCAAGUAGCCAGGGCAUGCUGGGGUCUUCGUGCAAAACGCAGGUGGUGCUUGUCUGGGACUCCUCUGCAGAAUUCAAUUGAUGAUCUUUAUAGCUAUUUCAGGUUUCUAAGAUACGACCCUUUCACAUUGUUCACCGCAUUCUGCAACGGAAUAAAACUUCCAAUUCAAAGAAGUCCAGUUAAAGGUUACAGAAAGUUACAAGCUAUAUUGAAGACAGUAAUGCUUCGUCGUACCAAAGCUACGCUACUUGAUGGUGAGCCAAUCAUUACUUUACCUCCGAAGUUCAUAGAACUGAAAAGAGUGGAGUUUACAGAUGAAGAGCGUUGUUUCUAUUCCAGACUAGAGAGUGAUUCACGUGAUCAGUUCAAGAAGUAUGCUGCAGCAGGAACUGUAAAGCAAAACUAUGUUAACAUCUUGUUGAUGCUCCUCCGUCUUCGUCAAGCAUGUGAUCACCCUCUUCUAGUUAGAGGCUACGAAUCAGUUGCAUUGGAAAGAUCUACAAUUGAGAUGGCAAAGAAGCUUCCUCACGAGAAACGAAUGAGCCUUCUGCACUGUUUAGAGGCAUCUUUAGCGAUCUGUGGCCUCUGUAACGAUCCGCCUGAAGAUGCAGCUGUCACAAUUUGUGGCCACGUUUUCUGCAAUCAGUGCAUCUGUGAACAUCUUAACGGAGAUGACAACCAUUGCCCUAAUUCUCAUUGUAAAGUUCGACUAAAUGUGUCUUCAGUGUUCUCCCAAGCCAUUUUGCACAGGUCUCUUGCUGACCAGAGCAGUGAAGCUGUUUUUGUUCCUCCCUCCGAUGCUGUCUUUGUUCCUCCCUCCAAUGCUGUUGAGGAAGUCAAUUCUCAGGCUCAAAGUGGCGGACCAUAUGAUUCUUCCAAAAUUAGGGCUGCUCUUGCUGUCCUGCAGUCAAUUUCCAAGCCUCAGCAGUCUGCUCCAGAAAUACAGUCUGAACAGGAUUCAGCCAAUGAUGCUAAAGGAAGCAGGACUCCUGAGAAAGCCAUAGUAUUUUCCCAGUGGACGAGGAUGCUAGAUUUGCUAGAAGCUUGUCUUAAGAGUUCCUCUAUUCAGUACCGUCGACUCGAUGGGACAAUGUCAGUAGUUGCUAGAGAAAAAGCCGUCAAGGAUUUCAACACUCUACCAGAGGUUUCUGUUAUUAUCAUGUCUCUCAAAGCAGCUAGUCUUGGAUUAAACAUGGUUGCUGCUUGUCAUGUUAUGCUACUCGACCUGUGGUGGAACCCUACGACAGAAGAUCAGGCUAUCGACAGAGCACAUCGCAUUGGUCAGACACGCCCCGUUAAUGUUUUGAGGUUGACUGUGAAAGACACUGUGGAAGAUCGUAUCUUAGCUCUACAGCAAAAGAAGAGGCAGAUGGUUGCAUCUGCAUUUGGCGAGGAUGCGAAUGGUGGCCGUCAGACACGCCUAACCGAGGAGGAUUUAAGAUACCUAUUCAUGGGUUGAAUGAGUGAGAGAAUGGAAGUUCCAUUUGCUUCUCGCGUUCGAUCUAGAUUUUUUCGCAGUAGAUUCAAGUUCUUGACAUGGAUUUUAUUCGUCGUACUUGGGAUUCUUUUCCUAGGUUUAAGUUGAGAUGAUGACCGAAAGGGUGUAGCAGCAGGUUGUUUCUUCUGAUCGCCGAGUUUUGUUCAGUCACUGUAUAGCCAGGACAUAGCUGUAGAAAGAUAGAUAAUCCAAUUAUAGGUAACCUAUAUAGUUGAAGAAGAUUGAUAGGAAGUUCUACAUAUUUCAUAGUUCUGUUUAUGCUUUUCUUUGCCCACUGGACAUUUUCCUCGCAUGUAUAUGAAAUGGAAGGGCUCUAUUCCUGACAGCUCUGUUUUUCCUCUUCUGCUUUGUGUGGAUGGAGUGACAGAAGUUUUGAGUAUUCAAGUUUUAAGUUUGUUUAAAAGGGAA